GAUUUAAUCUGUAAAAUAUAAAAAUUGAAAAUAACGAUGAAUUUAUUACUAUAUUGAUGCCUUGCUUUCUUCGUCAAUCAGUUUCUUUCUGUUGAAUUCCUUCCCUUUGAAUUCCAUCCGUUUCUUUCUUCGUCUACCCCACACCAUCCCUAGAUUUAAGGAUAACAACACCUAAUCAUUUUCCGUUCUUCACACUUUCCGUUUCAGCAUCAUAUAGUACUAAUGCUGAACUGAAAACAAAUCCCGAUCUGAAAUUCAGUAGAUCCAUUCAAAACUGUAUCUGAAAUGGGUUUCUUCAGUACCAUUUUUGGGGUUUUCGGUUUUGGUUUUGGAAUUUCAAUUGGUCUCACUGUUGGUUACAUUCUCUUCAUUUACUUUCAACCUACUGAUGUUGAGGAUCCUGAAAUUAAGCCACUGGUGGAUCAAGAUGCUGAGAGUUUGCAACGAAUGCUUCCUGAGAUUCCUAAUUGGAUUAAGAAUCCUGAUUUUGAUAGGGUUGAUUGGCUUAAUAAGUUUAUAGAACUUAUGUGGCCUUAUCUUGAAAAGGCAAUUUGCAAGACUGCUAAGAACAUUGCGAAACCCAUUAUUGAAGAGCAGAUUCCAAAAUAUAAAAUUGAUUCUGUUGAGUUUCAAACACUCACUCUGGGGACCCUGCCCCCAACUUUUCAAGGAAUGAAAGUUUAUGUGACUGACGAGAAGGAGUUGAUUAUGGAGCCUUCUAUAAAAUGGGCUGGAAAUCCUAAUGUCACCAUUGCUGUAAAGGCAUUUGGGUUGAAAGCAACCGUUCAAGUUGUCGAUUUGCAAGUUUUUCUUUUGCCUCGCAUUACUUUGAAGCCUUUGGUUCCCAGCUUUCCUUGCUUUGCCAACAUCUUUGUUUCUCUCAUGGAAAAGCCACAUGUUGACUUUGGCCUAAAACUUAUGGGCGCUGAUCUUAUGUCUAUUCCUGGUGUCUACGGGAUUGUUCAGGAGCUUAUCAAAGAUCAGGUUGCAAACAUGUAUCUGUGGCCCAAAAACCUGGAAGUUCAAAUACUAGAUCCGGCGAAAGCUUUGAGGAGGCCUGUUGGAAUUUUACAUGUAAAGGUUCUGCAUGCCACGAAGUUAAAGAAGAAAGAUCUUCUUGGUGCAUCUGAUCCUUACGUGAAACUAAAGUUUAAUGAUGAUAAGAUGCCAUCAAAAAAGACUACUGUAAAGCACAAGAACUUAAAUCCUGAAUGGAAUGAAGAAUUUAAUUUGGUAGUCAAAGAUCCAGAGUCCCAGGUUUUAGAGCUCAAUGUUUAUGACUGGGAGCAGGUUGGGAAGCAUGACAAGAUGGGUAUGAAUGUGAUCACUUUAAAAGAAGUUUCUCCUGAAGAGACUAAACGUUUUACUCUGGACCUUUUAAAAACAUUGGAUCCCAAUGAUCCUCAAAAUGAGAAAUCACGAGGACAGAUUGUUGUGGAAUUGACUUAUAAACCCUUCAACGAAGAGGAGAUGGGCAAGGGCUUUGAUGAGACACAAACAAUACCUAAAGCUCCUGAAGGCACUCCAGCUGGUGGAGGUCUUCUUGUAGUUAUAGUUCAUGAAGCUCAAGAUGUUGAAGGGAAGUACCACACUAAUCCACAUGUACGUAUUAUUUUCAGAGGGGAAGAAAAGAAGACUAAGCGCAUAAAAAAAAACAGGGAUCCAAGAUGGGAAGAUGAGUUCCAGUUUCCAGUAGAGGAGCCUCCCACCAAUGACAAACUACAUGUAGAGGUUGUCAGCACUUCAUCACGAAACCUGCUCCAUCAGAAGGAAACAUUGGGUUAUGUCAAUAUCAACCUCGGGGACGUCGUUUCUAACAAGAGAAUCAAUGAGAAAUACCAUCUUAUAGAUUCCAAGAAUGGUCGCAUCCAGGUAGAGUUGCAGUGGAGAACUUCAUAAGCACGACUCGACAAAAUUCUCCAUAGAUAUGUACUUCUAAUUCCACCCCACCCCCAAAACCAUAUGUUAAAAUUUAGUCUUCCAUGCAGUGUAAGGAAACAGUGAGAAGAACCUUUCUUGUAUUCUUGUGAGUUAGACUGAUUUUAUUUGUCGAUCAUGUACAUACCUAUGAUAAAAAAAAGGUUUGUUUGAAAUAGCAGAAGCACACACAUUAGGUGAUUUGGAUAUAAACCAUCUAUAUGACAUGAUCAAAGACAGCCUAUAAGUAUAAGGGUUCUGGUCCUGUGGAUAAAUAA